AUGGUCCCUCCACAAAACCGCAUCAUUGAGAUGCUAGAUGCCAUUCGAGUAGAGUUUGAAACACUAGCUCAAGAAGCAUACGUAUGCAAAACACAGCGGGAUGACUUUGAGCACAAGAUGAAUACCCAGAUUCAAGAAAUGAACAGCUUCCAGCAAAGUCUUCAUGAAUUAGAACGAACGCAACAAACGAUGAGAGACCACUAUGAAGAGGAGCUGACAAGAUUACGACAACAAUUGGAACAAGCACAGGCGCGUGGAGGGGUUCCACCGCCUCAACAGGUCCCGCCGCAUCGACAACCACCCCCACCACCGCAAUCAGCACAGCCGCCAUCUACACCGGCUGCACCUAGCCCACAUCAUCACCCAUCACAACAGCAGCCUGCGCCUCCCAAUAUUGGCCCUGGCUCAUCCAACUACUUUGGCGGCGGCGGUCCACCCCCACCACAGCCUGGAGGACCACCACCACCGCCUCAACCAGGUAUGCCAGGUAGCGGAGCUGGUCCAUUCACUGAAAUGGACCCCGAACAAGUCCCUUCGCAUAUGAAGAUUGAAGGUCAAGAUUGGUUUGCACUGUUCAGUCCCAAGGUUUCACGAUAUUUGAAUGUGAAUUUGGUGCAUACACUCGACCACGCGAGCGUUGUUUGUUGCGUCAAAUUUAGUGCCGAUGGUCGAUAUUUAGCAGCUGGAUGUAACCGGAAAACCUAUAUUUACGACGUCAAAACGGCUCAGCAGAUAUGUGCUUUGCAAGAUGAUUCUGUACAGAAAGACGGGGACUUGUACAUUCGCUCCGUGUGCUUUAGUCCAGAUGGAAUGUACCUUGCAACGGGUGCUGAAGAUAAACAAAUCAGAAUUUGGGAUAUCGCUAACGGACGUAUUCGCAGUCGAUUACCUGGCCAUGAACAAGACAUUUACUCGCUUGAUUUCAGCCGCGACGGACGCAUUGUCGUAUCUGGAUCAGGUGACCGUACCGUCCGGAUAUGGAGUAUGACUGAAGACCGAUGUCUACACACGCUCCAAAUCACUGAUCUGGAUCAAAAGGAUCCUGGAGUCACCAGCGUGGCAGUUUCACCCGAUGGCCGCUUGGUGGCAGCGGGAAGCUUGGACAAAAUGGUGCGCGUAUGGGAUGUGAACACAGGUCAACCUUUGGAACGACUUGAAGGUCACAAGGAUAGUGUAUACUCGGUCGCAUUCAUGCCAGAUGGUCGACACUUGGUCAGUGGUAGUUUGGACAAGACGUUGAAGCUUUGGGAACUGGGUACAAAUGAAGGACGUGGCUACGGAAUGGAACGAGAUCGUAGUAAAGGACCGUGUAAAAUGACAUUUACGGGCCAUAAGGACUUUGUAUUGUCAGUCGCUUGUACGCCUGAUGGCCGCUGGAUUGUUUCUGGAUCUAAGGAUCGCGGUGUCCAAUUUUGGGAUCCACGGACUGGCCAGACUCAAUUCAUGCUUCAAGGUCACAAGAACUCAGUUAUUUCUGUCGCUAUCAGCCCAAGUACAGGUCGCCCGGUCUUUGCAACAGGUUCCGGAGAUAACAGAGCGCGCAUUUGGAGCUACGAUCCGAUCGCAUAA